AUGUGGUUCUCAUACUUGAAGGAGAAUAAAUGUUGGCAGCUGAAGACAGUUAAUGAUGAGCAUAACUGCAUCUACCAAUACAGAAAUAAGCUUGUGACUGUCAAGUACCUAGCAGAUCUGUAUGGUCCUAGGAUAAGAAGAAAUCCUAGUUGGAAGCUUAAAGAAAUGCAAGAAGAAUUCAGGACAACUUUGAAGGUUGAAGUUGGUGAAGCUAAGUGUUGUAGGGUGAGACAGAGGGCCUUAAGUCAAGUUGAGGAAGAGAUGAAAAAACACUAUGCUUGGGUUAGGAACUUUGGGGGUGAAAUUUUGAGGAGAAAUAAGGACAACACAGUGAAGAUCUGUACAACAAGGGUGAAUGAGGGAGAUGCACCUCAUUUUCAGAGAUUUUAUGUCUGUUAUGACAAGCUGAAAAAGGGUUGGAAGGCUGGAUGUAGACCAAUCAUAGGUCUGGAUGGCUGCUUUCUCAAAUCUGUGUGUGGUGGCCAGCUUCUUUCAGCAGUUGGAAGCGAUGGCAAUGACAGCAUGUUCCCAUUUGCAAUGGUUGUGGUAGAGUCUGAAUCUUAUGAUUCUUGGAGUUGGUUCUUACUCCUAUUGAUUGAAGAUCUAGACUUGGGAGAUGGCACUGGAUAUACACUAAUUUCAGAUCAACAAAAGGGCUUGGAUAAGGCAGUGAGGGAAUUUCUCCCUCUUGUGGAGCACAGAUUUUGUGCUAGACAUUUGUCUUCCAACUUGUCUAAGAAGCAUCCAGGUGAAGCUGUCAAAGUGGCAUUUUGGAGAGCUUGUACAUCCACACAUCCAGCUCAGUUCAAGGUUGCAAUGAAGGACCUUGAAAAGCACUCCAAAAGGGCUGCUCAGAAGAUGAAUGAACUGGAUCCCAAAGUAUGGUCUCAAGCAUACUUUGCAACUCAUUCCAAAUGUGCAAGCACUGACAACAAUAUCUCUGAGUGCUUCAAUGCUUGGAUCCUCAAGACAAGGUACAUGCCCUUAACUGAUAUGCUUACAGAAAUUCAUGAUAUGCUUAUGGAGAGGAUACAUAAAAAGAGAGAUGCAAUGAGGGAUGUAGAUUGUGUGCUUGUGCCUAAAGCCAGAUCUGUUUUGGAGAGUAGUGAGUGCAGUGUGUUGUGGGAUGGUCAGGAUAACUUUCAAGUGAAAUGGAGGGGGGUAGGUUUUUGUGUUAAUUUGAAAGAAAGUACUUGUUCAUGUAGAGUAUGGGAGUUAACUGGCAUACCUUGCUCUCAUUCUGUUUGUGCCAUUCAAAAAAUAAGAGAAGAUCCAGUUGACUAUGUGGAACAUUGGUUCAAGAAAGAUACAUAUAUGAGGACUUACUCAUUUUGUUUGGAAGUGCUGAGGGGGGAACCCUUUUGGAAGGAGACAAUGGGAGACACAGUUCUCCCACCACCAUUUGUGAAGCAGCUGAGGGGAAGGCCUAAAAGGUAG